GUUUAUGUCAUCUCAUCUGGGUUUUUUACUCUCUUUCUCUCUCUCUCUCUCGCAUUUAAUGGGACUCCAGUAGUAGAGUAUUUUUGAAAGUCCAUUCACAGCACACGAGAAGCUUGUUUCAACUUUCCAAUUUUGAAGUUUCAGAUCGGAUCCAAAGCUAAUCUACCCAAACCACCGAUACUCAUCCUCUUCCCUUCUUUUCGAAUUUCCAAGACCCAUUUUUUCCGCCGGCUGCAGUUUUUUUUUGUACUCCUCUCUCUCUCUAGAGUGAUCGUCGGGAAAAGGGAAGGGGGCGAAGAAAAUGCCGCAAGAAAGCAAUUACAACUCGGUAUUCAGCCCACCAAGCAAGAACUUGAGAGGAUUGAAGGGUUUGAAUUCUCUUGUUAAUAACAACAACAACAGUAAUGGUGUCAGUGAUGCUUCCUCGUAUGCUGAAGAGAUCAUCAACGACCGUGAACUGGCCCAGAGGAGAGCCGGAGAAGCAGCUUCAAGGAGGUACCAAGCAGCAGAAUGGCUACGCCAAAUGGACCACUGUGCCUCCGACUUACUCUCCAAACGCCCCUCCGAAGAAGACUUCUGCCUCUCUCUCCGCAACGGCCUCAUCCUCUGCAACGUCCUCAACAAAGUCAAUCCCGGCGCCGUACACAAAGUGGUGGAGAAUCCGAUUAUCGAUGUUCAGGCGACGGAGGCUGCGGCCCAGUCCGCAAUUCAGUAUUUCGAGAACAUGAGGAAUUUCCUUGUCGCUGUUGGCAACAUGAAGCUCUUGACUUUCGAAGCAUCUGAUUUGGAAAAGGGAGGCUCAUCAAAUAAGGUCGUGGACUGCAUUCUCUGUUUAAAAGGUUAUUAUGAGUGGAAGCAAGCCGGUGGAAUUGGGGUUUGGAGGUACGGUGGAACUGUGAGGAUCACAUCUUUUCCAAAGGAGUCACCAUCUUCAUUAAUCGGAAGUGACAGUACUGAUGAAUCUGUGGAUGAAUCUGAAGCAUCCCAAUAUGAACAGUUAUUGGACUUUCUCCAUCUUUCAAGUGAGGUCUCGGAUGAAGAAUCCAAGGCUGCUAAUGCACUGACCUUCCUUUUUGAGGCUUUUGGGCUUGGAAUGCUACAGGCUUAUCUGACAGAAAGUAAUGGAACUGAAGAUUUUCCUUUGAAUGCAAUGGUCAUUGAUACUGUCCUCAGGAAGGUGGUCAAGGAUUUCUCAGCACAGCUAGUGUCUGAAGGCAUUCAGCUUGGGUUGCUUCUGAAGAAACUAUUGCAAAGCAAUGGGGUUCCUUUGUCAAAAAGUGAAUUCCUAGAGGCCAUUUCAAAAUAUCUUGCUCAAAGAACCAGUUUGGUUUCAAGUGAUUUGUCCAAAUUCUGUAUCUGCGGUGGGAGACGUGAAGUCUGGCAAAGUAUUGGUGACUCUGCUGAUAAUGCCGAUAUAAAUGACCUUCAACACAAACAGCUUGAGGAGCUGAAAUUACGUUUUCAAGAGGCGAAACAAGAAGUUGAGCAGGUUCGAGAAGGCUGGCAGGAAGAACGUACAAGGCUUGAACAUCAAAUUAAGGACCUUGAAGUGGCCUCUUCUUCCUAUCACGAAGUUUUGGAGGAAAACCGCCUACUGUACAAUCAAGUUCAGGACCUAAAAGGAACAAUUAGGGUUUAUUGCAGAGUUAGGCCCUUUCUACCUAGCCAAGGUGAUGGGCAGUCGACUGUGGACUAUAUAGGAGAAAAUGGAAAUAUUAUGAUUGUUAAUCCUUGUAAGCAGGGUAAAGAUGCAAGAAGGGUGUUCAAUUUCAAUAAAGUUUUUGCUACAAAUGUGACCCAGGAGCAAAUUUAUGCAGAUACACAGCCACUAGUAAGAUCUGUCCUAGAUGGUUAUAAUUGUUGUAUAUUUGCAUAUGGGCAAACUGGUUCCGGGAAGACGUACACAAUGAGUGGUCCUGACUUAAAUACGGAUGAAACAUGGGGUGUGAACUAUCGAGCAUUACGUGACUUAUUUCAUAUUUCAAGGAUGAGGGUGGACUUUAUAGAGUACGAGGUUGGAGUGCAGAUGAUUGAGAUAUAUAAUGAGCAAGUGAGAGAUCUACUGGUCAUUGAUGGAUCAAAUAGACGGUUAGACAUACGAAACAAUUCUCAAUUGAAUGGCCUCAAUGUACCUGAUGCGUCCUUGGUUCCAGUUAAAUGCACCGAAGAUGUUCUUGAUUUGAUGAAAAUUGGCCAAAGAAACCGUGCUGUGGGCGCUACAGCUCUCAAUGAGCGUAGCAGUCGUUCUCAUAGUAUAUUGACAGUUCAUGUCCGCGGAAAAGAGUUGGUUUCUGGAUCCAUUCUAAAGGGUUGCCUCCAUUUAGUUGAUUUAGCUGGAAGUGAGAGAGUCGAUAAAUCUGAGGCUGUUGGUGAAAGACUGAAAGAAGCACAACAUAUAAACAGAUCACUCUCUGCUCUGGGAGAUGUGAUUGCUGCACUUGCACAAAAGAGUACGCAUAUUCCAUAUCGGAAUAGCAAGCUUACUCAAGUAUUACAAGAUUCUUUAGGUGGGCAUGCGAAGACAUUGAUGUUUGUCCAUAUAAAUCCUGAGGUUAAUGCUAUCGGAGAGACAAUUAGUACACUAAAGUUUGCUGAGAGGGUUGCCUCGAUAGAUCUUGGAGCUGCUCAAUCUAAUAAAGAAACGGGUGAAAUCCGAGAUCUCAAAGAAGAGAUCUCAAACCUCAAGCUUUCAUUAGAGAGAAAGGAAGCAGAACUGGAACAGUUAAAAAAUGCAAAUACCCGAGGAACCGUAGAAUCCCAAAGAACACGUGCUGUUUCACCUCUUCUUAUGUCGAAAUAUGGUGUCAGUGCCAGCUUGAAGCCCGAAAUCUCUCAGCGCCCCGUCGAUGAUUCAAGAAAUUUUGAGGUAAGGAGCAGUUCUUCAGGGAAGCAGAGGAGGUCCCGCGUUCCCUCAAAAUUCUUGGACAAAGAUAUUAUACCAAGGACGCCUUUUCUUGCUGAAGAGAGACUAGUGAACUCCGGCAAGCCAAGGUCACCAUCCCCGCCUGUGAGGAGAUCAAUAUCAACCGAUAGAGGGGCACUAAUGAAAAGUAGGGUCAAACCUGACCCAACUGAUCACACACCGAUUUCUAAACUCCAGCUUCCACCUAGAUCUUCUGUCAAUAAAUCCAUGGCCACAAUGUCAGUCAUUCCUCCAGUAGAUAACAACGGAAGAGGACUUUUGGGUUCACAAGAGGUACCAAAACCGGAUAACAUCUCUGAAGCAUUUUUGAGUUUUCAGAGGUCCAUAGCCAAGAAAGUUCACCAAGAAAAUGAAGACGGGCAGUUUAAGCAAGCGCUUAAUGUGAGGCAGGGGGGAAUUAGGAAAAGCAAGCUUGAAAGUAAGGUCAAGCCUAAGAACCAACUUCCGACUAGAAUUCCGAAGUCUGAUGCUUCUGUGACGAUGCUUUCUGAGUUGGACACUGGUGGAAAGAUGGAGGAAACUCGGAAGAGUGAUUUCUCUGAGCCAGAAAAUGAGAGUGGACUUAAUGUUUCACCUGUACAUAGUACGUUGAGUGUGAAAAAGCUGCAACGGAACUCCGCGAGGAAUUCUCAAACCGUGGAAAUAAGAGAACUCGGGCAGAAGGUGGAAUCCUUUCUAUCUUUGAAAAGCGAACAGAAGGUUUCAAAUGGUGUAUUACGCCAUCCAAAAGAAGGCAGCAACUCCGCUAUGCCUGAAAUCAGAAGGAGCCGGUCUACACCUCGUGGAAAAUUCAUGAUUUUGCCUUGAGGAACUCCCCGUAAGCGGCAACAAGUUUGAAUUCAUCAUUUUUUUAUUUUAUUUUUUUAAGUAGUUUUUGUACAGUAUCCGUCUAUAUUGGAGUCUUGAGUUCAUGGCUUUCCACGGAGAUUGAGAGCAUGGUGAAGUCAUUGGAGGUGAUAAUUUCAGACCUUUCUUCUUCCCCAGUUCUAUGUAACGAUUCUAUUUGUAUCUGAAGUGAAUACUAUGUGAUUAAGCUAUAAAUUCCCAAUAUAUGUUUGUGAUGCCA